UGGGGGCAGCAUCCGGGGUCCCCGGCGCGCUCGGCGUGGGCUCCGCGCCCCCCGCGUGCGUGUGCAUGCGCGAGUGUCGGGGUGCGCGUGUGUGUGAGCGCCCCCUGCGGCUCCCUCGCGCCAGCCUUGGCCAACUUGUCCCCGCCAACUCCGUGUUCCCCACCCGGGUGCGCCGACCCCGGGCGGCGAAGUCCCCAUUCCCCUGGCGUUCCGAGGACAGCAGCGGGCCCUGUGCCCUGUGCAGUCGGAGGCGCGCGAGCCGCAAAGUUUGUCCCGAGCCCCACGGGGACACGGCCUGGGGGACCCGCGCUCGCACCGCGAGGCGCCCCGGGGUGCGCGGAGCCCGACCCGGCUUCCCGGCCGUGGGUGCCCGCCCGCGCCCCGCCUCCUGGCUCCCCGGCGAUUUGUUUGGGGAAAGUGAUGACAGGAACUAGUGGCGGGGAGUCGGCGCCCGGUGUCCGCCCGGGCAGGGAGGGGAGUCCGCGGGGCUGUCUGUGAGCGCGGCAUCUACCCGAGCCCCAAAGCCAGGAUCUGGGGCGCCAAGCACCGGGCGGGGCGCAGGGCGCGGGAGCCGCUGUGACCGCCGCGAUGAGGAAGCAGCCCUUAUUUGCCUGGCUGUGAUCCUCGAGGCUUGGCGGUUGUGGAAUGCAAAAGCCAGGACGUAAUGGAAGCAGGACUUGAAGACCCUUCCAGGAUGCCUGAGGAGGGUUCUCCAAAGCGGACCCGGCAGAACAAUCCAGAGCCAGACUUCCCUCACCUGGUCAACGUGGACGGGCAGUGCCUCUACUGCCGGUACUGGAAGCCCAGCGGGACUCCCAAGGCCCUGGUCUUCAUGUCACAUGGCGCUGGGGAGCACUGUGGCCGCUAUGAUGACCUGGCUCAGAUGCUGGUGGGGCUGGACCUGUUGGUGUUUUCCCACGACCACGUUGGCCAUGGCCGGAGCGACGGGGAGCGGCUGGUGGUGUAUGACUUCCAGGUCUACGUCAGGGACGUGCUGCAUCACGUGGACACCGUGCAGAAGGACUACCCCGGCCUGCCUGUCUUCCUGCUGGGCCACUCCAUGGGCGGAGCCAUCAGCAUCCUUGCGGCUGCAGAGAGACCCAACCACUUCGCCGGCAUGGCCCUCAUUUCGCCUCUCGUCCUCCCCAGUCCGGAAUCUGCAACCACUUUCAAGAUCUUUGCCGCAAAAGUGCUCAACCUGAUCAUGCCCAACCUGUCCCUGGGAGCCAUUGACCCCAGCCUCCUCUCUCGGAACAAGGAGGAGGUCGAGAGUUAUAGCACGGACCCGCUCGUCUACCAUGGAGGGCUGAAAGUGUCCUUCGGCAUCCAGCUGCUGAACGCCGUGGCGCGGGUGGAGCGGGGGAUGCACAAGCUGACCCUGCCCUUCCUGCUGCUUCAGGGCUCAGACGACCACCUGUGUGACAGCAAAGGGGCCUACCUCCUCAUGGAUGGGGCCAAGAGCCAGGACAAGACACUCAAGGUCUACGAAGGCGCCUACCACAUACUUCACAAGGAGCUGCCCGACGUGACCAGCUCCGUCUUCCAUGAGAUAAACAUGUGGUUCUCUCAAAGGACGCGCGAGGCGGGAGGCAGAUGUCCGCCCUGAGCCAGGGGCUCGGCGCCCCCACGCCUGGGGCCCGGGAGGUGGGCAGAGGAGGGCGGAGCCAAGCAGGAAAUCAGGAACCAGAGGAAUCCCUAACACAAUCUACUUUAAACAAAAAAAGAGACAUCCUUGUCAUGUGUAACGCUAGCAGCCACUGGAUCUGCCCUAGGGGUGGACACUUCGACACUUUAUGGAGGACAGAGAGGAGGGGGAGAGGGCGGAGAGAGACAAACACUUCUCCAUGGCGGGACCGCGGUGCAGUGGCCUUUAGAGUGCACACACGCCUCAGCCCACCUCUCCAGCCACACAGGUGCCCCGGGCCCUGUGCCCGGGAUGCCAGCCUGCAAUAAUUGGAGGAGCCCCUGCCUGCCCCACCGCACCCCCUCCCAGCGCCCCUUUGGCCGGAGGUAACCCCUGCAGGUGGUGAGGUGACCUGUGUCUCCACCGAGGUUGCCCAUCGCCCGGUCAGCCCCAGUGCGGCCGUGGCCAAGGCCGCGGGGGGCACUUGCCUAUAGGCGAGCGCUGCACAGGGACCCCUCCCUCCACCCCAGCGCCGGGCCUGUCCACGGGUGGCCUUGGCUGGGCUGCUACUUCCUGGUGCUGUGAGAUGAUAGGGGAUGAGGAGGAACUGACACCCGUGAGUGACCCACCAGGCCUGGGUGCUCGGCAGACAGGGGUCAGGGCAGCUGGGAGGGCCCCGGAGCUAAGCCGCACCCCAGGGAGGGUGGAGGACCCUAGUCCGCCCGGCCUUCCCUGCCCUUGAGUGGCCAGCGUCUCCUGGAGUCACAGUGCUGGCCCCACAGCUACCUCUGGUGGCAGCAGGAGGGAACCGGCCACCCAGUCGGGGCAGAGGCCAGCGAGCCACCCUUCUGGGACAAGGCCUGAGCCCACUACCCUCUCAGGUGCCAACCCAGCCUGGCCCUGCCCUGGCCUCACUAGCGCCAGCAAUAAAAGGGGACCCGGCCCACUUGCCCCAGGGGCGCCCUCACCUCAGGAGUCCCCUGUGAGGCUGCCGGGACUCACAGGGCUGGUCCCCGUGCCUGGGGUCCAGAGCAGGCCACCCUGCUGCAGGCAGUGACGGUCAGCUGCCCGGGCUUUGGGUGUGCCCCGCCCUGGGGUCAUCCAUUCCACGAACCCCGGCUGCCCGCGGCCUAGUGACAGUUUCUGCCGUCUGUAACCUGCCAGGCGCCCUGGGCUCCGGUCUGUGGCUCACCCAGAACUCACUGUCUCCAGGCCCGGGCACUGUGUCCUCUCCCGGAGGCAUGUGACGGCAGUGUUCUUCCCAAGGGACGUGGCCGCGUGACUCGACCACGGUCCCCUAACAUGGUCAGCUCUUAGGUGACUGGCUAGAGCGUCAUUCCUGAGACGGGGGUGUGAAACUAGGCCUGUCCUGCAAAGUCCGGAAGAGCGGACAGAGGAUGUGGACGCACCGCACCCGUGGCUGACUCGGCACCACCUGGCGUCCCCUACUCCAGAGCCCAGAGUCCCACCUUUGUCCUCGGGAGGCUGGGUGGCUGUGACAUUCGGCCCGGCCAAGCCAGGCCACUGCGGGGAGUGAGAGGCCGGGUGACCAGGCAGAGGGGGCGGAGGCGAGAGGGGCAGCGGGGCUCCCUCCGCGCAGCGCAGGGAUUAGGUGAGUCUCUUUGGAUACGGGUUCUGGCUCUGACAAUCGUUUUAGAAGAAGAGGCCUCCUGCAGGUCGUGGGGGUCACAGCCCUCAGGUCCCAGGGACUCGGCACCACAGGCUCCAGGUUACGCCGCAUCCGGCUAGCUCACGCGUCUUCUUUCUCUUGCCCGUUGCUAACAAGAACCUACUACGAUCAAAAAGAUUUUCCAAGCAAUUCACCAAUCUUAUUAUCACCACGGCUCGGCACGUAUACUGUUUGUGGGAAAUGCGUGUAUCAGCUUAGAACUAUUAAAGGAGUCAGUGUAUGCCACAGCUAAUCUUAAUAAACCAGAUGUUUUUGGUGUGC